UGGGCGGGGAAUAACCUAAUGAAAUAGAACAAGGGAAAGUGUAGAGUCCUGCAUCUGGGCAGAACAACCCCAGGUUCCAGUAUAGGUUGGGAAAUUACGUAUUAGAGAGCAGUGUAGGAGAAAGGGACCUGGGGGUCCUGGUGGACAGCAGGGUGACCAUGAGCCAGCACUGGGCCCUUGUGGCCAGGAAGCCAAUGGUACCUGGGGUGGGUUAGAAGGGGGUGGUCAGUAGGUCAGAGAGGUUCUCCUGCCCCUCUGCUCUGCCAUGGGGAGACCACACCUGGAAUAUUGUGUCCAGUUGUGCCCCUCAGUUCCAGCAGGACAGGGAACUGCUGGAGAGAGUCCAGUGCAGCCACCAAGAUGCUGAAGGGAGUGGAGCAUCUCCCGUGUGAGGAAAGGCUGAGGGAGCUGGGGCUCUGGAGCUGGACAAGAGGACACUGAGGGGGGACUCAUUCAUGUUUACAGAUAUAUAAAGGGUGAGUGCCAUGAGGAUGGAGCCAGGCUCUUCUCGGUGGCAAACAAUGAUAGGACAAGGGGUAACGGGAUCAAGCUGGAACACGAAAGGUUCCACUUAAAUUUGAGAAGAAACUUCUCAGUGAGGGUGGCAGAGCCUGGCCCAGGCUGCCCAGGGAGGUUGUGGAGUCUCCUUCUGUGCAGACAUUCCAACCCGCCUGGACACCUUCCUGUGUAACCUCAUCUGGGUGUUCCUGCUCCAUGGGGGGAUUGCACUGGAUGGGCUUUUGAAGUCCCUUCCAAUCCCAAACAUACUGUGAUACUGUGAAGUGCAUGUUGCACGAUUCACGGUGCAGCUGCACGUUGCACAAUGACACACACCUGGGGGUUUCUCUCCAGCGUCGUGGAACCUGCAGCAUCCCCGAGUUCCUGUGGAAUCGCUUCAGCCCACGCGGGUUUCCAGCAGGGUCCCGGCUCCCAGCGGACAUGCUGCACUGAGGGGGCACACAAGGCAGGGGAACGGGCAGAAAACGGGGCUGUUUUAUCUCCUGUCCCCCCCAACGGGGAUUACAAACGUCACACAGCCCGAACGCCCAGGGGAGAAGGAAAAGGGUUAAAUCUCUAUUUUUUACCACGUAAAGCUGCACCAGCCGCUGAACCAAAGGCCAAAGCAAGGCCAAGGCGGGAGCCUGGGUCUAGGGCAGGCCUGGCUUUGGGAGGGACCCUCUAUUCCCUCAGUUUCCGAGGCGGGAGCGCGGGGUCCCCCCACAGCCCGGGCAGGGUGGCGCCUGGGGGCGCACCAGGGGGUCAGCGGGCAGGGAGGGCCGGGCCGGAGCCCCUGCGAGCAGCCGGCACCUGGACUAGCCCGGUCCGGGGUUAAUUAACUAAUUAAUUAAUUAACCCGCUCCCCCGGCUGCGGCUCCAACGGACUACAGCUCCCGGCGUGCCCCGCGCCCGGCGCGCCGCAAUGACGUCAUCACACUGCGACCGUCUCCAUGGCGACACUAGCGCAUCCGCGGCCUGUCACACCGACACCCCCGGCCAGCGCCCUGCGGACACCGGAGGGGACACCCGGGACGGGACACCGCGGGACGGGACACCCGGGACGGGACACCCGGGACGGGACACCCGGGACGGGGAGAGGCGGCUCCCAGCCCCCCAAAAACGCCCCCGGCCUGGAAAGCUAUGGGGGGAGCAGGAGAGAGCCCCCCGCGCUUCCCAAGCACCGCAGCCCAGCAGCAGGCGCUGCCUUCCACUAGGGACCCCAAAGCGUCCCCGUUCCAGGCAGGACACAUGGAGCCUUUUCACCUGCAGGACCUCGGGCUGAUGGACGACCCAGCGAGGCGAAGGAUCCUGAGCCCCAUGGCCGCGCAGCUCUGCCACCUGCUCCUCGCCCUGCAGCCGGGACGCGGGAUUUGCCAGGCUCUGCCCAACCUGCGCGAGAACGCAGAGAAAUUAGCCCAAGCUACCGAAGAACUCGCUGCUGUGGCAAGAAGGCUGGCCCAGGAGUCCGGCGACGAGGUGUGCGAGGAGGAGACGCGUCCGGCGGCCGAGUCGCUGGUCCUGGCGGGCCGGCGGGUGCUGCUGGCGGCCGGCGAGCUGCAGGGGCGGCCGCACAGCCCGCGGCACCGGGAGCAGCUGGCUGCGGCGGCAAAGAGGCUCCUCGCACAGACUGUCAAGAUCCUUCGGAUUGAGGACGCUGCUGGGGCGAGGAGGGUAACCGAGGCUGCCAGCUGGCUGCUGGAGCGCCUGAGCGCGCUGCGGGACGCAGGGGACACGCCAGGGCUCCUGGCUGCGUUCCGCGCCUUUUCCGAGGCUCUGCUGCUGCUGGGCAAUCUGACAGCAAAGCGCCUCGAGGAACUGGGAGACUGUCCUCGACAGAAGAGCUUGGCCCGAAACCUGCAGCUCCUUCAGAAGUGCGUUCCUCUGCUCCACGCAGCCAAGCGCAGCGACCUGAAAUGCUCCUGGGAUCGGCGAGUCAAGCUCUCCAAGGACUCAGCUUUCCAGCUGACGGAGAGAACCAUCAAAGAGCUCGUUUCCCUGCUUGUCGGCACCACGGAGCCGCGGGACAGAGCCGGGACCUUCUCCCAGCACGUGAGCGAGCUGCUGGCUCUGCUCUCCCACCCGCGGCCCCGGCGCCGCUCCGGCAGCGAGCUCAGCGCUCACGUGGACGCCGUGGUUUUCUACUGCGUGCUUCUGGCAGACGCGUCCAGGGCAGAUCUGAAGCUGGAGCUGGUAAAACGUUGCUGGGUUCUCCUGCAGCUGAGAAAAAGCAUCUGCAGCCACACAGGGCAGCAGGAGGGACGGGCAGGGGAGAGCAGCCUGGAGAAGGAACGGCGCAGCAUGAGGGAGGAGCUGGAGACCCUCGACCGGGCAGCGCUCACGGCUACCCUGUGCCAAAUCCUCGACACCUUUGGGGGCGAGGAGCCCCUGAGGCCGUUGGUUGAAGCUGCCCUCCACCUCACUGCCACGGGCUGCUUUCCAGCAGGACCAGGAGGAUUUUUAAAGCAGCUUCAGCCCCUCACUGCCACGUUCUUCACGCAUGCCCAGCGGAUGCUCAGAGUGACAGACUUUGUUCUGGCCAGGUGCGCCAAAACCCAAACGGCCAGAGAAAUCGGGGAGGGGGUGAAUUAUCUGCAGAGCCUCCUCGCCCGUCUCCCUGCGCUGCUGGCAGAAAUGAGCAGAGACACGUCGCAGGCGAGCGCUGCCGAGCGGCUGCGCUCCUUGUACCGCGCGUGGGCUGGAGCGAGGGAAGGUCUCCUGCGCUGCUUUGAGGAGACGGUCGGUGUGCGUGAACUCCUGGAGCUCUCCGUCCGGGAAAUGGCCAAGGACAGGGAACGGUGUGACGCGGCCUGGGAACGCCGGGACCACGAGGUGUUGCGGCGGCACGCGGCUCACCUCUGCAGCUGGGCGCGGUGGGUGGUGGGAGCCACCGCCCGGCACGUGGACAGAGCCACAGACCCCGUUUUCAGGAACGGUUUGCUGGUUUGGGUCAGGCAACUGGCCAGCUCCAUCCCCGAGCUGGAAGCGGUCGCGGCCUGUUGUCCAGAGGGACCCUCCUGCCUCCAAACCGGGGACGUCUUCUCCAGGGCAGCGAGUGGCCUGGUGGACGCUGCUCGCCGUGUGUGUGACGGGCUGGACGGGACCAACCACCCCGACAUCCUCAGCCCUCUGCGGGCACGAGUGCGAAGCGCUGACGCCGCGAAGGGGCCUGAACUCAGCCCAGGGUGUGCUGGGCUAAAAACCAUCACGGGUGAGGCUGUGGUGCAGGAAGACAUCCCAAGUCCUCUGCCUUCACGACCAGGUGGUUUCCACCCGGAUGUCGCUCCACGGCAAGAAGACGUGCACCCUGUCAUCGCGGCUCUCCUGGCAGCGACACGAACUCACGAUACGGCAGCUGUCGACGCCGCUUGCUCCGCUUUGCUGGAACUCUCCGGCGGCUGCGUCGCUGCGGCGAAGGACGCGCUGCCUGUGGCUGAGCCUCCGCAGACGCAGGCGCUGGGGCAGCACCAGACGAUUGUGUCGCUGACGCCGCACAUCAUCAGCCUGGCCAAGGAAACGGCCCCGCGGCAGCUCCGUGCCCCAAGCGGCCUUUUCCAAACGGCGCUCACGCUCUCCGAAAGGAUCCGCGAGACCAAGGAGUGCCUGGCAGCUGUGGCAGGCCCUUGGUACAGCCUGGCCCAGCAAGUAUUUGGCUUUUUCUUGUCUGCUGACUUUGUGCACGGCAAACAGGCUUUAGAGGAAACCAUGACAGCUUUAGCAGGAACGGUUCAGUUUGCAGGAGACGUUGCAAGCGUGGCCUGUAGCAAGGGAAAUCUCAUCUCCCCCGAUGUCUGGGAGACCUUUCUAGAGGUGCAAGCCAAGUUUUCGCGUGCUCAGAUGACCGCUGAAGCGUUACUGGAGAAAGCAGCGUCCUGCGAGGGCUCCUGCGGGCUGGGCAAGGCCGGCCUGGAGCUGCGCUGUGUGCGCUGGGCCGUCAGCACACACGUCCUGCUGCGCGCCCUGGAUCGCUUCAUCGGCGGGGACGUCCUGCUCCUGGGGGAGCUCAGCAGCGCCGUGCACAACAAGCUUUGCUCGCAGAGCCUCUUGGCCGCCGUGUCCGAGAUCUCCCUGCGGCUGCAGGAGGCCGCCCGGCUCUCUGCCUUGUCCUGCCCCGAGGAGCGCGGCCGCAGCGAGAUCCUGGCGCUGCGGGAGGAGGUGGAGGUGCUGGUGGAAGCGCUGCUGGACGCCUCCAGCACGCUCUCGCUCUCCCCGCUGCCCAGGGCCAGCUUGACCGUUCGCUGGGAGCUCCUGCAGAGAGACCUGGCGCUCAGGGCCAAGGCCUUGCUGCUCCACCUGGAGAACGUCAACGCCCAACAGCUGCGGGUCAUCCGGGAUGUCAUCGAGCCAGCCCUGUCCCUGCUCCCUCAUGAGGACAGCGAGAGGAGAAAAGAUGCCUUUGAAGAGAAGGCAAGCCGGCUGAUGACCAACAUUCAACGGGUCAAAACCACCCUCAGAGACACUGAGGAGCUGCACUCGCAGGAGAAACUGCUCUCCGUGGCAGAGCACCUCCUGCUCCUCACGUCCGAGGCCGUGGGCAGCGCCAGGUGGCUCCUGCAGAGCCAUGGGGACAAAGGCCACCCCCGCCUGGCCAGCACGCUGUGGUACUGGGCAGCGAUGGCGCACUACCUGCUGACACAGCUGCGCGCCACCCGCGGCCCCAGGGGACACAUCCUGCAGCUCAUCGGCCAGUGCCUGUGCAACGCAGGGGACCACCACUGCCUGAGGCCACGCGGCAGCACGGCCGAGAUGUCACCAGCUCUGAGCCACCUCAGGGUGGCAGGAACCUGCCCAAGCGGGAGCAGAGGACGUGGAGCUGCCCAGGAGGCCCGUGAAAUGCAGAAUGAUCCUCCCAGCAUCUCCCUUGCCAGUGGCCCUGCAAAAUAUGAGAGGGAAGACGGUGACAAGAUGUCCCAGGUCACCAAGGAGAUGGCAACAAGGAUGCUGCACAUGACCCAGUUCCUCAGGAGGAAAGGCCCCAUCGUGAGCAAGGACCAGCUCAUCUCCUGCGCCAGGCAAAUCGCUUCCGACGGGCAGGCGUUCGUUAAAUUUGGGCGCGCGGUGGCCAAGCACUGCCCCGACGCCCGGUGCCGCGCAGAGCUGCUGUGCGCCGCCGAGCACACCCACACCCUCAGCAGCCAGCUGGGCAUGGUGGCCAGGGUGAAAGCGGUGACCGCCGACAGCAAGUCCUCCUCCGAGCUGCUCGUCAGCAACGCGCGCAACCUCCUGCAAGCGGUUCUGCACGUUCUGAAGGCAGCCGAGGCGGCGUGUGUCAAAGGCUUGCGACAGCCCCCGCCUGGCUCUGAAGAAGAAGAAUUAGCUGCUUUUUGCAUGUGGUGGAGGAAAAACCUCUUGCGGCACAGAGCUGAGGAGUCUGUGAGCUCCGACAGGGAUGAACUGGGGCUGCGCAGAACUGGGGCGCGGGCUGAGCCCACCCUGACGGCCACGGCGCAGGAACGGGAACCGCCGACCGCCCGAGCGCACAAAACCCGCCAAAGGACACGCAAUUAGGGACGCUCGGAAACCACUGCUCUUGAAUCAACGGCCACCAAGCGGGGUCAUGGGUCUUUUUGGUACGCAUCGCCUUUUAGCAGCCGCCACCUCUGCUCCUAGGGGUGGCCAUCCUAAAAACCGCCCGGGAAGGGCAGCCAGAGGUACAGAAUCCUGCACAAGAGCCAGUGCUGGGCUGGGGCUCAUACACAACAUACAAACUCGGAGGGUGACACGCGCUACAAAAGCUGAAGAAAGAAUGGAAUGAAGACAACUAAGGGGUGUUUUCCUGUCACCUCUCCAGAGGCAGCAGGAGCAGGGAGUGUUCUGACUCCCCUGCUGCCCCUGAUCCUGCAGAGAAAUGAGACUUUUCUCCCCACAUCUCUCUUUUCCCGCGGGUAAAACGCUCAGCGCUGUUGCUCACUCACCCCCUGGCUCCAGGGCACCCAGGACACGGCUGCUCCUGCUCCUGCUCUCCACGUCCAGGCUCCACCGCCGAGCUCCUAGACCGGCCGGGCCUGCGGAGAGGGAGAAAGGCGGUUACACAGAGACAAGCGGCUGCACGGGCCAGCUGCCCCUUCCAGAUCACUCCCCCUCCUCCUUUGUCCUUUUUCUCCAAGCUAAAUCACUGUCUUGUAUCACAAACACUGAGAUGGCUUCAGCACUGUCACUUUGUCUCUUUUGUUUCCCUAUAAACCCGCGUGCUAUUUCCAAACCAUUCCUAUUUUUCCCCGCUGAUUUCUGCACAGCCAAGCUCACCACCAGAUGAAGUAGUAAGAACACACAGGACUAACAGAUGACUCCAAAAUAACAAGUUUCAUGACUGUUACCCAGUUUUCAACUAUUUUGAGCGAGCGCAAUUAAAAAUAUCACAAAACUAAUACAAUUUAUACUCUGGAAGGCAAAAGAAAGGCAUUAUUGCCUCCAGCGGUGUCUCCUCUGCCGCGCUUGGCGCACGUGGAAAUCAGCAGCUUCCCUCCGCUCACCCAAGCGAGACUCUCCAAUUCUUGCACAAAACCCCAAACCCGCAGAAUUUGUGAUCACAAAUACUACAUUGUCGCAGCCACAAGCAUUAUCUGGGCCAAGGAACAAAGAGAAAGGUCCAGCAAGGAAGAGACUUAGUGCAAAGAACCAUUCCAAGCGGGCGGGAAGCAGAUGGCGACUGAGCAGCCGGCAGGUUUUAUUGCCAAUAUAUCGCAUUCUUCUGGAUAAAAUCAACCCAAAAGGCGACACAAGAGAGGCUUUGAGGACAGUUGUGCUCUCGCAUGCAAAAUCUUCAGAAAUUAAAGAACAUGCGCGACAUUUCUCACAGCGACGUCGAUUGUCUCCGAC